UUUCCGACCGCGACGCAGAGCGCUCGUCGAGCGACGGGGUCGAACGCCGCCUCUCGCUUCCCAUCACCACCUCCUCCGUUCCACUCUUCAGCGUCUGCAGGUUGACGUCCCUUUUAUCGGUUAAAAUUUCAAACCUCCUGCAGUAUACCACAUAUGAUUCAAGCAAUGAAAAGAAAGGGGGGUUAAAAUCUCUAUUUGAACCAAUUAAUCCAUUCAUUGCACAGAUAAACAUAAAGUUUCUUUGCAGAGUAAUUACUUUGGGCUUUCACAACCAUGAUUUAUUACUUCAUUUUGAACUUCCUUAGUGCCAUUUGAUAUCCCGGACAAGUGUUUUAUACUUUUAUUUUUUAUUUUCUUACAAUUAUAUCUCUAUAAAGUAGUUAAUUAGGGAGUGGUCUCAAACGGAGUGGGUGAAAAAAAAAAAAAGAAAAAGGAGAGCUUAAUCGAGCCCAGUGAAGAAGCAUCCAUUAGAGUGUCCCUUGAGUACUCUUGAGCUGUGUCUCCUUGUCCUUGAGAACACAAAAAGGAUCAGAAAAAGCAAUCCAACCACUAGUUAUCAGAAUAUAUUUACAUCUUUUGUGAGGAAACCGAACUUCGCUUUUCUUUACCAAACAAUUUGUUGGAAUCUUGGAUGUAGAGAAAACAUUAGGAACAAAAAUUAGUUUAAAAAUUAUUUUUUCUCAUCUGAAAAUUAACUUUUCAAACAGAGAACCAGCAAGGAACAAAGAGAACUCUAAUCUCUAAAAUGAAAUAAUUUUAGAUGAAAAAAGGUAAAAGUUUUGCGUCUUAAUGUACGAUUGUAUUGUGACUUUAUCCAUGUAGUGUGAUUCUACGUAGUAGAAGAUUAUACCACAGAGCUCCCUAAUAAGAAUAAUCAAAAUGAGGUUAUCUUAAAAAAUCCACUAAUAAGAAAAAAGGUUAAUAUUCAAAAAAUAUUACAGGUUAAUUAUUAUUAUUAAAUAUGAAAGCUAAAUAUUAAAUACGCUGUUUUUCUCGCUUGGGCCGUUUGAGCUCGUUGUAGCCCAUUAGUACCUCAAAUCGAAAGGGCCCUCCAUUAUGCCCAGCCCAAUUUGGCUCAUCCUGUCCUCUUCUCUCCCUCUCCGAUCACCGUUCUCAAACCCUACUGUCUCGGCCUCAACCACUCCUCCUAACCCUAACAAUGCCGAGAAACCCUAAGCGCAAGCUCUUGCCCCCGCCGGAUCCACGUAACCCUCCUCCUGAGCCCUACCCGGAGCACCCCCUCCCCACCCCCGACCAAUGCCGCGUCGUGCGCGACUCCCUCCUCGCCUUCCACGGCUUCCCCGACGAGUUCGCCAAGUAUCGCCGGAACCCUAACGGAUCUCCGCCGCCGGUAGAGGAGACGGUUCUCGAUGGCCUCGUAAUCACCCUACUGUCGCAGAACACUACGGAUUCGAACUCGAGGAGGGCCUUCGAUUCUCUCAAAUCCACGUUCCCCUCCUGGAAUCAAGUUUUAGAUGCGGAAUCGAAGCUUUUGGAGGACGCUAUAAGGUGCGGGGGAUUGGCCGCGACGAAGGCGGCGCGGAUUAAGAGCAUCAUGAGAUCGGUAAUGGAGAAGAGGGGCGAGAUUUGCUUGGAGUACUUGAGGAGUUUGUCGAUCGACGAGGUCAAGGCCGAGUUGUCGCAGUUCAAAGGCAUUGGACCAAAAACGGUAGCAUGUGUACUGAUGUUCUAUCUUCAGAAAGAUGAUUUCCCAGUGGACACUCAUGUAUUUCGGAUUACAAAGGCCAUGAGUUGGAUACCGACGAAAGCAAAUAGGGAAAAAGCUUAUCUUCAUCUUAAUAGGAGGAUCCCUAAUGAUCUGAAAUUUGAUUUAAAUUGUCUUUUUGUAACUCAUGGGAAGCUCUGUAAGAUAUGUACCAGGACAGUAAGCAAAAAGCAAACUGAUGAUUCUAUUGCAUUAUGCCCUCUGACGAGUUACUGUUGUGUAGAUGAACUUCAAGAGUAAUUUCUCUGAUUUUUUUUUUUUACUUGUUACCAUGUACAUAUGCAGUGAUAAUGCAUGUUUGUCGAUUUAUUCCUUGAUCUUUGCACGGAUGACUUUGUACUGAUGCAAGUUAACAAGAUCAACAGCCAUUCCAUCUC